CAACCGAGCUAGCCUCAGUCCCCCCUACAGCCAACCGUAAUGCACUUCUCUACCCUCAUCGCGGCCACCGCCAUGACUGGCGCCGUCCUGGCCGCCGAGCACACCGUCUCCGUCAGUGACAAGGACGGCAACAUCAUCUUCAAGCCCGACACCAUCGAGGCCGCCCAGGGCGACAUGAUCUCGUUCCACUUCUGGCCCAAGAACCACUCGGUCGUCCAGGCCACCUUCGACAAGCCCUGCCAGCCCAUGGACGGUGGCUUCUACUCGGGCUUCGUCCCCACCUCUGACGCCUCUGCCGCCGCCUCCACCGUCUUCAUGUACGAGGUCAAGAACGCUUCGGCGCCCAUCUGGUUCUACUGCAGCCAAGGCAAGCAUUGCCAAGGCGGCAUGGUUGGUGUCAUCAACCAGGCGAAAACCGGUGACAAGACAAUCGAUGCUUUCAAGAAGGCCGCCCAGACCGCUACCGACAACGUCUCACCCGCAUCCAAGGCUGGCACUGGCGGCAACCUGACCCAGAGCAGCGGCACCAAGGCCAGCCCGUCCGCCAGCAUGGCCUCCGGUACUGGCGCCCAGCUGCCCAAGUCCACUGGUGCUGCCUCUCAACUCGCCGGCAGCGCCUUCGUCGCCGGUCUCGCCGGUGCCUUCACUUUCUUCAUGCUUUAAACUUUCGAUACCAGAGUGCGCGGCCGGUUCUAUACCAUUUCGAGAUACGCAGUGUGCAGUAUCAUCAUCAUCAUGGCCACAAGAGUCAGUACAAUGUAGGAGCAAUGAAACGGACAACGUGAAGGGGGAGGGUUUCUUCUUUGGUGAUAAUAAUUCGAUAUUGAAUUGAAAUAAAAAACUUUAACUC